UAUUUUCCUUGAUGGCGCAAGUUUUACUAAACAAAAGACACUGAUAAAAAUAAAUAAAAAAAAAGAAUAUACGAUCUUCGCCGAUCUUCCUUUUCUUUCUAAUUCAUCGCUUUCGUCUUUCUUAUUCUUAGUGAAUUCGACGGAGACUCAAUGACUGUCAGUGCCUGAUAUUUUCCUUCAGUCUAAAUGAUUCCAUCUUUUUUUUUUUCAAUUUACUGGGGAAUAACGGUUUCACACUUGCUGCUUUCUCUCACUUAGAAAGUCUCCAGAGAUUCUUCUUCGAAUUAGUGGUAACUGGUCAAAGCUAUGUUCAGAGAAGCUGGCUUGAGAAGCGUAGGAGAGGAUCAUGUUGGUUCGAGGUGGACGAUUGGUAACCGGAAGUUGGAUGCUAAGUCUGUUUCCAACGCCAAUGGUGUGAAAGCUUCUCAUGGUUUUGGACUCAGGACUGCUCCUCCAGUUCCUUCGGCUGCUGCGAGAGGUAAUUAUAAAAACGGUGGCUCAAGUUCAGACAUGGACAUUGCUUCUGAUUCAGAUGAAGAGACCUACGAGAGACACCACUCGCCUCAAGAUUAUAAAACUCAUGUUCGCUUCCCUCACGUGGCAGCAGCUCAUAAUGGUGGAUAUGGUGCUAAGGCUGAAACUUUACAGGAAGCUGAAACAUUUGGUGUGAUGAACAAUAAUAUAUCUUCGCAUAACCAAUGUGAAACAAGAAGAAAUGUUGAGGCUGGAACUACAGGAAGGAACCAGAACGGGACCAUCACUUCAUUGCUUCCUCGUUUCCCAACUUUUCACGCAAGUGAGCAAGGUCCGUGGUCUGCGAUGAUUGCGUAUGAAGCCUGUAUGCGGCUAUGUCUCCAUUCAAUGUCAGUGGACAGAGUCAACGAAGCUUCAUACUUCCUGAAUAACGAAUGCAAGACAAUGCGGAAGGCAUUUAGUUUAGAGAAAUUCUUCCUUCAAUCCGAAGAAGAGCUACUUGGAAAGGGACCUUGCGAGUUGGUUACCGAGCCAUCUGCUCCAAAAAAUAAGAAAACUAUCGGAAAAAUUAGAGUACAAGUUCGUAAAAUUAAAAUGGGAUUAGAUCCCCCACCUGGCUGUAACAUUGCAUCACUGACGGUCCCCAAGGAAAAGCUCGUAGUUGUUCGUCGCAAUAUCACAGAGCUGAAUUUGACUUUGUCCUCUGGAUGGAAAGCAGCGAAGAAAGUCCAUGUCACUCCUCGUGUUCCUCUUAAUGGUUCCUUUUCACGUCAGAGUCUGGCUUACGUGCAGGCAGCUGCUCGCUACCUUAAACAGGUCUCAAAAGCUGUUAAAAACGAAGUGGUUGCAUCUCACACUGGACAACAAACUUAUGAAACAGUACAAGAAACAUAUUCAUGUUCAUUGAGGUUGAAGAGCUCCGCUGAAGAGGAUCAAAUUAAGACGCAGCCUGGAUCCAGCGAGGCGUUUAUUUUCUUGCCAGACAGUCUUGGUGAUGAUUUGAUUAGUGAAGUUCGAGAUUCGAAGGGGCAACUUCUUGGUCGUGUUGUAGUUCAGCUAGCAGCUAUUGUUGAUGAUCCGAAUGAGAAGGUGCGAUGGUGGCCAAUAUAUCAUGAACCUGAGCAUGAACAUAUUGGGAGAAUACAACUUCAUUUAAGCUAUUCAAGCAGUCUAGAUGAAAAAACCAAGUGUGGAUUGGUGGCAGAAACUUCAGCUUAUGAUAUUAUCCUAGAGGUCGCUAUGAAAGCAGAACAAUUUCAACGAAGAAAUUUAGUGUUCAAGGGCCCAUGGCUCUGGAUGAUAACUCGAUUCGCAUCAUAUUAUGGGAUUUCAGAUGCAUACGCAAGAUUAAGAUAUCUUUCUUAUGUUAUGGAUGUUGCUUCGCCUACCAAGGACUGUCUUGAUCUGAUAUAUGAUUUUCUACUCCCUAUUAUAAUGAAAAGCAACCACAAGUCUGUAUUGAGUCAUCAAGAGAACCGAUUACUGGGGGAAAUUGACGAACAAAUUCAGCAGAUCCUUGCUUCAGCAUUUGAGAAUUAUAAAUCACUUGACGAACUGUCUUUCUCCGGGAUGAAAGAUGUCUUUGAGUCUGCUACGGGGACUCCAGCACCGGCGAUAGAAUCAUCUGUCAGGCUUUAUGCUCUUCUCAACGAUGUAUUAACCCCUGAGGCACAGCUAAAACUUUGCAGAUACUUUCAGGCUGCUUCAAAGAAGAGGUCAAUAAGACAUUUGUUGGAAACAAACGAUUUACUUAACAACCGUAGUGAAGGUGCUGCACCAGUUGAUCCAAUGGCACUGACAACAUCUUAUCAAAAGAUGAAGUCUCUAAUAUUGAGCUUUAAGAAUGAAAUAUCCACUGACAUAGCGAUCCAUAACUGCAGUGUGCUCCCAAGUUAUAUAGACCUUCCAAAUCUUUCAGCGUCAAUAUAUAGCGUGGAUCUCUGCAAUAGGCUCCGGGAGUUUCUUCUCGUAUGGCCUCCUCCUGGACCAUCACCUCCUGUUGUUGACCUUGUUAUCACAACUGCUGACUUUCAGAGAGAUAUUACUAGCUGGAACAUAAAUCCUAUUAAAGGUGGUGUGAACGCCAAAGAGCUAUUUUAUUCGUAUAUCACAAACUGGAUUGAAGAGAAAAGACGCGUUCUAUACGAACUCUGCAAGCUAGAAACGGUAAAACCAUGUGGUGAUAUCUCGGGAUUGACUUCUCCUUUUGUGGAUGAGAUGUAUCAGAGACUCAAUGGGACACUUGACGAAUAUGAUAUUAUCAUUAGGCGUUGGCCAGAAUAUGCAAUAUCCUUGGAGAAAGUUGUAGCAGAUGCAGAGAAGGCAAUAGUGGAAGCGAUGGAGAAACAGUUUGCUGAGAUUAUAUCUCCGUUAAAGGAAAGUAAGAUCUUUGGGCUGAAAAUCGUCAAGAAGUUCACCAAAGGCGCACCUAACCCUUACGCUGUGCCAAAAGAGCUUGGAGUUCUUUUGAACUCGAUGAAAAGAGUGCUUGACAUUUUACGGCCGAGUAUAGAGAACCGGUUUAAAUCUUGGAACUCAUACAUCCCCGACGGAGAAAACAGAAUCUUGGGAGAGCGGUUGAGUGAAGUUACAGUGUUGUUAAGAGCCAAGUUCAGAAGUUAUACGCAAGCACUCGUGGAGAAACUCGCUGAGAAUACGAGAAUACAAAAUCACAUGAAGCUAAAGAGCAUCAUCCACGACUUAAGGGAAACCACAGCAGAACCAGAUGUUAGAAACCGAAUGAUGGCAUUGAAAGAUGUGCUAGACAAAACCAUCGAUCACCUACACAGUGUUUUCCUACCGGAUGUGUUUGUAUCGGUCUGCAGAGGAAUCUGGGACCGAUUGGGACAGGAUGUGCUUCGUCUUUUGGAGGAUAGGAAAGAUAAUGUGACUUGGCACAAAGGCCCAAGAAUCGCAGUUUCUGUUUUGGAUGAAAUCUUUGCGACACAAAUGCAAAGCCUGUUAGGGAACGCUCUCAAGCCUGAGCACUUGGAGCCGCCGAGAUCAAUGAUGGAGCUCAGGUCUAUGCUAUGUAAAGAUUCUAAGGACUACAGAGAAGGAGGCUACAACUACUAGUGAUAUGAACCGGUGAAGACUCUGGUUCUGACGGUUUUUGUUUCACCGCAAAGUCUUGUCUCUGGUUCAUUAGUAUGUUGAGAUUUUGGACAAAAACAUUGAACCAAAGCAAAUGUAGUUAACAGACAAAAAAUAGCGGUUGCAAUUACAGUAGCAGUAACGAGCAAAGUUUAAUCA